CGUCAUGACGCCGUGGAGAGUUUGAGGUGCUCAGGUGUCUGAAGGGGAUAAUCUGAAUUAGCGUGGACAGGUCAGGAUGACGGCGGCAGCCGUGGUGUCGGUGAUCCUGGCUAUUGGAGGUGCUGCACUGUUUUCUGCUGUCCACAAGAUUGAGGAAGGACACACAGCUGUUUACUACAGAGGUGGAGCUCUGCUGACUGCCACCAACGGCCCGGGGUUUCACCUCAUGCUGCCCUUCAUUACCACCUACAAGUCUGUACAGACCACGCUUCAGACGGAUGAAGUGAAAAAUGUUCCCUGUGGCACAAGUGGAGGAGUGAUGAUCUAUUUCGAUCUGAUAGAAGUGGUGAACUACCUCGUACCCUCAGCUGUGUAUACCAUUGUGAGGAACUACACAGUGGACUAUGACAAGGCUCUGAUCUUCAACAAAGUGCACCAUGAGCUGAACCAGUUCUGCAGUGUGCACACACUUCAGGAGGUUUACAUCGGCCUGUUCGAUCAGAUUGAUGAGAAUCUGAAGCUUACCCUGCAGAAGGAGCUGACCAUCAUGGCUCCCGGUCUAAUCAUUCAGGCUGUUCGUGUUACUAAACCCAACAUUCCUGAGUCCAUCCGCAGAAACUAUGAGCUCAUGGAAACGGAGAGAACCAAGCUGCUGAUCGCCGCACAGACACAGAAGGUGGUGGAGAAGGAGGCGGAGACUGAGAGGAAACGAGCUGUGAUUGAGGCAGAAAAGAUCGCUCAGGUGGCCGAAAUCAAAUUUGGACAGAAGGUGAUGGAGAAGAAGACUGAGAAAAAGAUCUCCGAGAUCGAGGAUGGUGCAUUUCUCGCUCGGCAGAAAGCUAAAGCAGAUGCUGAGUUCUACACGGCUCAGAGAGCAGCUGAAGCUAAUAAGAUGAAGCUGACCCCGGAGUACCUGCAGAUGAUGAGGUAUAAAGCUAUAGCGGCGAACAGUAAGAUCUAUUUUGGCAGUGAGAUCCCGCGCGUGUUCAUCGACUCUAGGAGCAUGUCCAAACCCACAGACCUUCUCUCUGAAGACGUCCUGAAUGUGGACUGAAGGUGAAGACAUGCUGAUAGUCUCUCCUGCUCUCUCUUUUUCUUUCUCUCUUCCUCUCUCUCUCACACUGGGAAACAGGUGUCAUAUUGGAACUACAGAAGAGGCAGCAGUACUGGUUCUGCUCUCGCUGGGCUCCUCUUCAGGUGUGUGUUUACCAAGAAAACACAGAGCUGAGUUUAAAACGGGGCUUGGUGACUCUCUUCUUCUUCUGAUGUCUAAAUAACAAGAACAGCAGCAGCCUUGAGCUGGACAGAAGGAUGGUCACUGGUCAGAGUAGUUUUGUUUCCAGUUGAGAACGCUCUGGAACAGGGAUAUGGGCCAAUAAAGGGAUGGGUUUGUAACUUUUUUUUAUUUAUUUUUUUAGGCAAGUAGAGACAGCUCCAUCCCUGAGACAGCGGAUAUCAAGCUGAAAGGGGUGUCUCCCCCCCCCCCACACACACACCACCUUUUUUUUUUUUUUUCCCCCCCCGUCUGGUGUUAUUAAUCUGAAUGAACUCUUGUCGGUGUUGAACUCCCACACCAUCUGCUGCAUUACUACCAAGAAGAGUUUCAGCAUGUUCCUGCACUGAGGGGGGAAACCCUGUUUCUACUCUGAGUGGAUUACAGAAGUCUAAAAUGUGACUCUGACUCUGAACAUGUGAGAGAAAGUCAGAGUAACGUCUCUUCCAACACUGAAAAGAAUAAAAAGUAGUUUCACUGACUUUACACGUUCCUGACGUUCCUGAAGGUUUUUCUUGGAUCAGAGCCACGCGAUCCGUUAACGUGACCCACUCGGGGUGAGCGAUGAGACGGCACAUCCGUCACGAUACUUUUAGAAUAUAUUCAGUGUCACGCAUUAUAAACGAUCUGCCAGUGAAAUGCACCACAGUUAUCGGGGGAUGGGUGUACACUGAAACACCGCCAGACUGUUUUUAAAAAAAUGUGUGUGUGAUAUAUGUAUAUAUAUGUGUGUAUGUAUAUAUAUAUAUAUAUAUAUAUAUAUAUAUAUGUGUAUGUAUGUUUUUUUUUUUUUUUUUUUUUUUUUUUUUUUUUUAGGUUUCACUGCAAAAUGUUGUAAUUUAUUUAUUUUUUGAAUUGUUAGUGUAUUGAGACACAAAUUAUCUUAACUACAAAGUCUUUUCUCUCAAAAAAAAAUUAAAUGGAGUGUAUGUAGAGAUUUAUAGCUUUUCCAAAACUACUUUUUUGAAGAAUUCAUCAAAAAUAUUUUGCACAAAUGUCUGUAAUUUGCUUGAGAUUCAUGACACACACAAAAUGUCUUAGUUUUAAUCUCUCGGGAGGUGUGGUUUUUUUUUUUUUUAAAAUAUGUUCUGAUCACACCAGGCAGAAAAGAAUCCAGAACCCAUUAAAACAAAAAAAAGUUUAUUCCUGAGCAGCAGAGAGACAACACCUAAAAGCUCCCUCAACUUUCCUGCCUGGUGUGAUCCAGAACACGUUAAAACAAAACAAUAAAAAUAAAACUCCCUAGAUCCAUGGAGGGGCGCUGUUGAGUGUGGUUCUCUGUAAACUGACAUAACCCCAGCAGGAAGAUUGUGUCCAAGUGAUUUGUUUAUAAAAUCAGCACAAUAGUAAACAGCUUUGAGUGUACUUGAGUUUUUUUUUUUUCCCCCCCCUUUUUUCCUCCUUCUUCCCUAGUAACAUUAGCUACCCAGUAUGAUUUGAGUUUGAAGAGAGUUUGCUAGCAUGUCAGGUGGAGCUUCACUGACUAGCUAGCUUAACGUUAAGCCACCAUGAUGGCACGGGCAGAUUCAUAUGUGCAUGAAUACUUGCAUGUGAGACCUGUGAGAUGGACAGUAUUAUACUAGUCAGUCACAACGAAUUGCUCGAAUUUUUUGUUUUGAUGUCAGAUCAUGGCCUUGCACAAUUAUUAUUAUUAUUUUUUUUUGUCUCUCUCGCUUAAAGCCGUGUUGCUGUUGGGCUGUUGUUAAGCUUGAGGUCUGGACCAGAGUUUUAAUUAGGUUAGACUGUCACUUUUAUUUUCUGAGCAAGCUGCAUUUACAGCUAUUCAGCUGUCUUCCUGAUUAACAUACACAUGUGCACACACUGCCACAGCUGGGUCAGAACACAACCAUGCUGCUUUGUGGGGGUGGGGAGGAGUGUUCAAUAAAAAGAAAAAAAAUGAAA